AUGGUGACAAAACUUAUAUGGAUUCACUUCCUAAGCUUUACCUUUUAUGAGCUUCUUUAUGGAGAUAAACGGUUACUUGUUUACGAGUAUCUCGAAAACAAGAGUCUUGAUCAAGUAUUAUUUGGGAAUAGAAGUUUAACUCUUGAAUGGACAACACGCUUUGAGAUAUGCUUGGGAGUAGCAAGAGGUCUUGCUUAUCUGCACGAGGAAUCUCGACUUCGAAUUGUACAUAGAGAUGUUAAAGCCAGCAACAUUUUGCUCGACUCUGAUCUGAACCCUAAAAUUUCAGAUUUUGGUCUGGCCAAAUUGUAUGAUGACAAAAAGACCCAUAUAAGCACCCGUGUUGCUGGAACAAUUGGGUAUCUUGCACCUGAAUAUGCCAUGCGGGGACACCUUACUGAGAAAGCAGACGUAUUUAGCUUCGGAGUUGUAGCUCUAGAGAUUGUCAGUGGAAGGCCAAAUUCUGACUCAAGUUUGGAAGACGAUAAGAUGUAUCUUCUUGAAUGGGCUUGGAAUCUUCAUGAGGAAAACCAAGAAGUGAAACUUGUUGACAGAACAUUAUCUGAAGCGAAUGAGGACGAAGUAAAAAGAAUUAUAGGAGUCGCUCUUCUGUGCAGUCAAACAUCACCUGGUUUGCGGCCUUCAAUGUCACGUGUGGUGUCAAUGCUUUCUGGAGACAUUGAGGUGCCCCCAGUCACUUCAAAGCCUGGAUACCUAACUGAUUGGAAAUUUAGGGAUGUAACAACCUUUAUGUCGAACACAGAGAGUUCAACUUCAAGAACUGAUGUUAGUCAGGGCAAUCCAUCAAACGUAACAAGCAGGGCAAUCACGGAUCCAUCUUAUUCACCUAUCAUUGAUUCAAAACCCAUUCUUCAGGAGAUUAUUGGCGACGGCAGGUGAAAUUUAAUAGUGUAGCAGUAUAUUCUGGUUGAACAUAAAUAAGCAUUCCUUUAGAAUUAAAAUUUUAUGGUGGUGGUUAAAUAUUUUCAAUUUUCAUGGUAUUGUGAUAAUUUCCCUAUUGUAGUGAUAAUGUGAUGUUAUUUUCUUAUUAGUAUGUUUGUAAUAUUAUAGGAUCUUUACUUUUACAUUUGUUUGUCUUUCUAUAACAUGAAACAUUUAUACAA